AUGCAUCUCCCCAGCAGCGCACCAACGGCAUCGUCAAUGUCCUCGCCCGAGCCCAUUCACGCGACACCCCCAACUUCGAGUCCCAUUCAAGCCAUGCCAUACCCCGCGAAGCGUAAAAGAAGACAUCAUGUCUUUCGUCCCGACGAGGGCUCCCUCUACGACAAGAUGUGGGAUCAUGCUGGACUCUCCCUCUUCGUACGUCCCAUUUGCUGGACCGAGCUGCACGUUCAACUCCUCGACGCCAAGUUCAUCGAGCUCCCUCCAUGCGACACACCAGUCCCUCCUUCGUCACCGCGCGGCGCCCCUGUCUCCCCAUCGAGAUGUCACAUGAAGCCUUCUGUCGCGGCUUCGACACUUAGUAGAGAACUUACCGCCAUGCUCGCGCCGGGCUCGACGAGAACUUUUUACACAAACUCGAUCCGCACCAUAAUGUCCACUCUCUACCCCAGCAAGCUGUCACGUACGCGAACACAGCUCGAUCUGCACCUCUAUUUUGGUGGCCUAGUGUAUCGCGAUGCAUGCCGCGUUCAGGUGGCUUGGGAUGAGAUGCCCUCUCGCAGCGGCUCCAUCGCCUCGUUUGAAUCUGCUUCGACGCGCCCAGCCGAAUCAUUUGGCGUUUUGCCAACGACCUCCAACGGUGGUGCAAGUGCCAGCGCAGGCAACAUGAGCAGCGAACAACGUUACUCUCAGCCGGUCCUGGCGUACGUCGGCAAGAUGCAAAUCGCGGCGACACGAAAGAACAUGUACCGCGUUAUUCAAGGACCCAAUAGAUCGUACAACGGGCCGGUCGAGCGUUUGCAGCAAUUACGCUCCAAAAUGUUCGUCCCCAGCAACCCGACGCACGACCCUUUGCUUGUGGGCAUCAUGUUGGCUAUGGCGCAAAGGAGAUUCCAUGGCGAGCCACAGCCGUCAGCAAACAAGUGGAUGCCUUCACGGCCGAUGCCUACUGGGCUUGGGGAGCCAGAGUUCCACGAUGUUACGGUGCAACUCCUCACAAACGAUAACGAGACAUCCGAGUUCAUCGUCUAUAAGGGCACGGUCACAGAAGAUCUGCUUCGCAAGUUCCACGAGCCAACCAAGAACCCCCGUGCGGGGGCCGAAAGGACGCUUGCUGAAAAGAUCGGAGAGGUUGCGGCCUUGGGCGGCAUGCGCAUCGAGUACACGAGAGUGCCUGUUUGGCCGAUUCUCGGACUCAAGGAGAGACUGGGCAAGGCGCUCGGCAAGGACACCGUGGGAGAAUUUGACGAGGACAACAUUGAGACAUGGGAGGAGGAAGCGGAGCGAAAUCCCGACAAGCUCAAGCGACGAAGAGAUCGCGAGGCCCUCGUCGAAGUGUUUAACGGCAGUUUCGAGGAAGAGGCUUCAGCCGACGGUAUGCCUCUCAGUGGGAAACGAAGAUGUUUAGUUGACGAGGAAAGCGGGCAGGUGGGCAUGGUCGUCUGA